AUGUCGAGCGGUGGCGGGACUGUGACGGACAACCGCAGGCAGAGCGGGUAUCUGCCCAUGCUUGCGGAGGGCGCUCACCAAGACGUUGACUUGGCACUUCUCGCUUCAAACGCCCAGUCAUCGGCACAAAUGGGGCUGGAAGCGUUGCUGCUACGAGAUCGUGACUCGCCCAUCAGCGGCAUGUCAUUCACAGCGUGUCAGGACGCCUUGACCGCAAACUCCAAGAAGCUCACUGCUUGUAUCAAGUCCGUCCACGACACGCUCAUGGAAGGCUCCGACCCAACAAAGGCAACACCAAAGCUGGUCAAGGACAUUGCUGAAUCCACAGAACACCUCAUCCUCCUCCUCGAAACAGUCGCCGACAUUGUGUUCCUGCUGCUCUCCAAAGGACAAGGGUGCAAGGCUCCACAAAAGUCCCUCAUCGACCACUACAUUCUCGUCAGGGCGCGGCUUGCCAUCCGCAUUGCCAUUGAGCACGUGGAGGCGAGUGCAUCCAAACCGCCGACUGUCAUGGCCGCCCUCGCCGUCAUCUCCACGCACCUCGAGGCCCUGCGCGACGCGUGCGACACGGCGGCGGAGAAGACGCGAAAUGACCUCCUCAAAGCACAAAUCAAAGGCUGCAGCAGGGCGCUUGGCGGGACGGCGGCUGCGUUUGUUGCGUCUGUGAAGCACUAUGUGGCACACCCUGGGGAAGACACACUUGAACGUGUGCUGCUGUUCACGAAACCGCUCAAGGCGUCCGUGGACGCGCUGGUUGCGUUUGCACUACAGGACGACGCCUUUUACGGGAGUGCUGGGUUCUUCAGUCCGGCCGUUCGCAAAUACGUGAAGCCGAUCCAGGCCGCAGGCGUCUCACUUGUGUCUGGGUCCACGCUGUUCUUCAGCACGAUCAAGACGCUGUUGUCGCAGCCGUCAAGCGCAGACGCCCGCGCAGCGCUCUCAAAGUACAUGGCUGCUGUGGACGUGCACUUGUCGCAGUUGACGAGCGCCGUCCGCUCCGCCUAUUCCGCAGAUCUCAUGGCGUGA